ACAUGAUCCCCCCUCCCCACCCCCAAACCCAAAAUGGAAUUGAAAGACCCACAGACACUGGAAUUGGACUUCUUAUCAUAAAUGUCUGUGUAUGUACAGUCUGGAUAAACAAAAGACUUUUUGACCUUUCUUGAUCGGUCACUCAUUGGAAUUCUGCUGAUAGAAUGCCUUGAAAAACUCAAAUGGUCAGCUUGAUUCCAUAUUGACAUGGAUUCUACAAGUGGAAAUGGAACCGGAUGGGCAAACUGGGGUCACAAUGAUCCUGAUAGUGAUUCCAGCGUAGAAGAAGAUGGAACUGAAGACAGUUCAGACAUUUUCCACAGUGCAAAGUCCAAUAUCAGUUCAACAGAAUCUGCCUCUGAAAGUGAUGAAAAUGAAUAUUUGUGCUGUAGCCAGGAUGGUGAUAAUAAGGAAGGAACUUCUGAAGGGAUUCAAGGUCUUGCAAGUGACAUGUUGCCACAUAACAAUAGUAUUUUGGACACUUCAAAUGGAAUUGUGGGCAUUCCUAAUGCCCAGCAAACCAAUGUUAAUAUUCAAAAUGUAACCAACUUUAAUCAUCAACAGUUUAUAACAGAUGAUGAAACAGAGCCUUUAUUAAGGCAAACAGAUAAGUUGAUGGAGGGUGUAAAUUGUUAUUUUGAUAUUUCUAAAACCAAAGCCUGGCAGAGUGUUCUAAACACAGACAAAAUAGUGUUUGUGGUUGGCCAUUCAGAAUCUUUUAAGAGAUCGAUCUCAUUAAAAUUUUUUGAGAAAUACAGGUCUCGAGUGGAGGUAUUUAGAUUGAAUGGUCCUGAAGAUUGGAAGAUUUGUUGCAAAAGAUCUGAGCCUUUUGCAAUUCUCAUGGAAGAUGCAUUUGGACCUCUUGGUUCCAAGUUUGAAAGUAUUUCUCACGUAAUCAAAAAUUUAGCAAGUGAUGAAAAUUUAAAGGCAGCACUUUUUUUAUUGGAUCCUUUUUCAUUUGAGCGAAACAAAGAAAGUCUUAAAAAGUGCUUUAAGCAUAGAUUUUCUGAUUACGUGGUAAAUUUGGAAGAAGAAGAUCAUUUAUUGAGUAAAGAUGAAAAACGUGAGAUUCUCAAAAAAUCUUCAGAACUUGUGAAAACAAACGGUCGCUUUUUGACAAAUCAGGAUAUUGAUGACAUAUUGGGUAUGGCAGAAAAUCCUAUAUUUUUAGAUACUUGUGAAGAAUUUGUUGUUUAUGAAAGACACGAUGAGAAUGUGCUUCAGUUGUUUUCCUUGCCAUUGGAUUGCCUUAUCAAUGAUAUUAAGUAUUUGAAAGAAAAAUGGCCAGAUGGAUAUUAUGUGUUACGUUUAGUUGCAUUCCAUGAAGUUUUUGAUGAAUCUGAAAAAGGAGAACUUGCUGAAGUUUUAAGGCAAAGUAUUGAUGGAAAUUUAUCACAGAUUUUAAAUAAAUUAGUAGGUUCGUAUCUAAAAAUCCAAAAGAAUGAAGCUGGCGAUUCUUCUCCAAAAUUUGCCUUCCAGCAUCGCAUGAUGCAAUAUGCAGUUUUAUGUACAGAAACUAAUAAGGCGUUCUUGAUCAACCAUUGUCCCAUUGGCUUUUUGGUCGAUGUUAUAACGCGAAUGACUAAUAUGCGUAAAACUUCGUUUGAAGGUGAAAAUCUUAACAUUGUUAAACGUUUCAUUCAAGAAAUUCUGAAAGGAAAGCAUGUGGCUACUGUUGUCAUCCAUGAAAUAUGGAAUUCAGAAGAAUUUUUGAAGGAUUUCAAGCAAGAAUGGGAAAAAGUCAAAUGGUUCAUGGGUUCAAUAUGGAGAUCUGCCUGUGAAUCAAACAUUUUGUAUCUAGCUGUAUUCAACAAAUCACCAAAAUUGCUGGAGUGGAUUUUGAAGGCAUGUGAAAAGCAAAACUUUAGAGUGUUAUCAUCAUCAUCGUUUCAAAAAUCUAUAUUUGCCACAUGUGUCAUUGGCCAUUUUGAACAUUUUAAAUUGUUAAUGAAACAAAUGAAGAAUGUUGAUAGAUUUUGUCAAUUAGAAUUAGACCACAUUUUAACACCAAGCAGAAACACUGAAAAUUCCAUUAUUAAUUUUGAAGAAACAAAAUGUUAUUCAAAUAUAACACAUACAGCUGUAGCUUUUAGUCGACUGGAUAUUCUUAACUAUCUUAAGAGCUGUGGGCAAAAUGUGAAUUACACAGAUAACUUAUCGGAUUAUACACAUUGGAAUUCUGCCAUGACACCAUCAUCAAGUCCACUGUUGGAUAAAGAUUGGCCAAGUUUGAAAAUAUAA